UGUGACUCCGCCCAACGGCUGCUGUGAUGUUAUGAAAGCAGAGCAGUGGGUGUGACGAGCGGGGUUCUGCGGCUAUAGACUCACAAACGGAUCCACUACACUCUUUAGCAAUGCUUCGCAUCACCUCUGCCACCCUGUACACCUGCUCACAGAGGGUGAAGCUGCUCCUACCUCCUUCAGCCUCCACCUCCACUGAUACCUCUCCCAGCAAAAGAGUGGAAAACCAGCGCACAGUGGACUCCCUUUAUGAGCUUUCAGUGGACAUUCGAAAGGUCCGCAAGUUCAGAGGCUGGGUUCUGUCUGAGUGCUCUGCGUAUGUCUCUGAGACCGCUGACCUGCUGAGAGACAUGGGUGCAGACACAACGGCUAUCACCCACAUCCUGGAAACUCACCCUGAGGCUAUCCUGUGUCGCCCAGAGGACGUCGCCACGCAGCGAGACCUCUGGUUGUCUGUUUGUCCCAGCAAACGUCAGUUGAUGAACAUCAUUGAAAAGUUCCCAGCCUCCUUUUUUACACUUACUCACCACGGUAACCAGCGGGCCAACAUCCUGUACCUCCAGAACCUUCGCCUUAGCAAGAGGAUCAUCAGCAAGCUGAUGGCCAGUGCCCCGCAGAGCUUCAGUCAGCCUGUGGAGCGCAACCAGGAGGUCAUCCACACGCUGAGGGAGAUCUACCUCGACCUGGGUGGAGAGGAGAGGAACCUACGUGUCUGGCUGCAGAAGCUUCUCAGCCAGAACCCUUACAUUCUGCUGCGACCAGCUGAGGCUUGGAGGGACAGUCUGGGCUUCCUGAGGGAGGAGGGGUUCACCACGGAGGAGCUCCUCAGCCUGGUCUCCAGCCUCAGAGCCUCCAUCGCAGAGCUGAAGCCUGAGGACAUGCAACGGGCGAUGGACUACAUCGAAGCGGCUCUCUGCUGCUCUAAAGACGAACUUAAGCAAGUAGUGAUCCGCUGCCCUGCCGUCUUGUACUACUCCUUGCCCACCUUAUUGGGGCGGUUUCAGGGGCUGAUGGAUGCGGGAGUGACGAUGGAUCAGGUGAAGGAAUCUCCAAAUGUACUCGAGCUCACCACGCAGAUCGUGCUGUAUCGUAUCCAGAAACUAGCCUCCUACGGAUACGACAUUCGCUCCGGCAGCCUGGCCGUUAUUGUGGGAACAAAGAAGGACUUUGAGGCGAGUUAUGGCAAGCUGCAGCUCAGGCAGCAGAGGCCACUCUUCAACCCUGUGGCUCCUCUGAAAUCUGCUGAGGAUUGAGUGUCGGUGCGCACCUUGUUAUGAAAUGUGGUUUACUGCUUCAGCUUUGUGCAAGGAAAAUAAGAAAAUCCCACAAAAGGCUGAAGACUGUUCAGGAAAUAUGACACUAUCUGUAAAAGUUUCCAGUUUGGGAAGUGCCUGUUGUGUGUGUGAAACAGCUGCUUUUCUUCUCUGAGAGAAGACUUUAACUGCAGCACAGAGUCUGUACGGUUUUUAAUCCUCAGCUGUAAAAGGCUGAUGCAAGUUUGUGAAUGUAAUAACUCAAGAAUGAGGCCAAGUAGGAGCUUCAAAUCGAUACCACAGAUGUAUCUAUAAAGUCUAUUCAGUGGCCUCAAGGUUAGAGGUCAAAUUUUCCGAAAAUCUUGUGAAUGCAAUAACUUGAGAACAAGGCGAUGUAGGAUUUUGAAAUAGAUAUCACAGGUGUGUCUCCUUUGGAGGAUAUGUGUGAUAGGUGGUGUAGUAGUUAAGUAUGGUGACAGAUUCUUUGCCUUAACAGAAGACCAUUCAUUUUUCUCUGGCCAAACAAAACCAUUUUAUGCAUGAGAAAAUAAAUUAUUUAAAAAGUGUUUUUA